AUGUCAGGCGAGCAAGACCCUCCAAAACAGUCACCUCCACUGAAAUUUGAUCCGGUGUAUUAUCUUGGUUCAAGUGAUGGUCCUGGUAAUGUAAUUACCCCUAUUCAAUUGAGGGGUGACAAUUACGACGAGUGGGCAAGAGCGGUAAAACAUUCUUUGACGGCGAAGAGGAAAUUCGGCUUUGUUGAUGGAUCGAUUAUGAAGCCGACUGACCCAGAAAAAAUUGAGGAUUGGAUCGCAGUGCAUUCGAUGUUGGUAUCUUGGAUAAACAAUACACUAGAUGCUUUUGUGCGUUCGACUCUUGAAGAUUAUGAUGAUGCGAGUGUUUUGUGGACCAAUCUGAAAAAUAGAUUUUGUGUUGUAAGCGUUACUCGGAUUUGCUAUUUGAAAAUGGCCUUAGGGGAAUGCAAGCAAGGGAUAUCUGAAACUGUUAGUGGUGGGCAGAUUGAGGAAGAGAUGGACGAGGGCCUGGUAGAGGUGGACGAGGGGGAGGCCGUGGUGUGCAUACUGGCAGUAGAGGAAGCAGGGGUGGCAGUAGUGACUACUCAGUGCGUGCAAACAAAGUCAGUACCUCAACGGACCCGACUAAUGGAAAUUCAACCGCAACAGUCUUGGACUUCCUAA